UCAAAAAUUGAUUACAUCCUCACCUUCCCACCACUGUCUCUCUAUAGUUUUAUUUGGGAAUGGGAACUAGUCUUCGUUUUGAAUUUUCUCGGCAUGUUAGCUAUAAGCUGUAUAGAAUACUGAAGUCGUAAAGUAGGAGAACAUGGAACUAAAUAAAAGAUGACAGGUUAUGUAUGAUAGGAAUAGGAGAUUACUAUAAAAAUGAGGCAACUUGGGGUUCACUCAUUAAUUGCAUCGUAGAAAAAAUGAACAUGAAUGAUUGGGACAUGAGAACAUGUAGAAACAAAACGCGGUGUAGGAAGAAGAUGUUGAAGAAGGCCUCUCUCUCUCUCUCAACCAUAUCUCAUAAAUGCUCUCUCUAUCUCUUUCUCUGCGUGCUAUAUAGUGUUAGUAACUAGUCAGGUGAGAUAUAGCAAUUGUAUACUGAUCAAGCGAUCAUUAGCAAGAUAGUAGAACAACAUAUCAAAGAUAUGGGGAAAGUAUCUUUUGGGUUUUUGGCUUUGAUGCUUGUAGUGGUGGCGAUCGGGGUUGUAGAGUGUAGGAGAUUUGAGAAGGAGACGUUAGGAGGUGGUGGUGGUGGACUUGGUGGUGGUUUUGGCGGCGGCAAAGGUUUUGGAGGAGGCAUUGGUGGCGGUGGAGGUGCCGGUGCUGGUGGAGGUUUUGGAGGUGGUGUAGGAGGAGGCCACGGUGGAGGUAUUGGUGGUGGCGCAGGAGGUGGUGCUGGUGGAGGACUUGGAGGAGGCCAUGGUGGAGGAAUUGGUGGUGGUGCCGGAGGAGGACACGGUGGUGGUAUAGGAGGUGGUGCAGGAGGCGGUGCUGGUGGAGGGCUAGGAGGAGGCCAUGGUGGAGGUAUUGGCGGUGGUGUUGGAGGAGGACACGGUGGAGGUAUUGGCGGUGGUGCAGGUGGAGGGGCCGGAGGAGGAUUUGGUGGUGGUGCAGGCGGAGGAUUCGGAGGAGGGGCUGGUGGAGGAGCUGGCGGAGGAUUCGGUGGUGGUGCAGGCGGGGGUCACGGUGGUGGUGCAGGCGGGGGAUUUGGUGGAGGAUCGGGUGGAGGAUUCGGUGGUGGUGCCGGUGGAGGAGCUGGCGGAGGAUUCGGUGGUGGUGCAGGCGGGGGUCACGGUGGUGGUGCAGGCGGGGGAUUUGGUGGAGGAUCAGGCGGAGGGUUUGGUGGCGGUGCCGGUGGAGGAGCUGGAGGAGGAUUCGGAGGUGGUGGUGGUGCCGGUGGUGGAUUUGGCGGUGGAUUUUAAAUUUCUUAAUACUUAAAAUAUUCAUACAAAAUCUAUUCUUGGCUUUGAACUAAGCUUGGGCUAGUUACUUAUGUACCAAGUCAUACGAGAAGAAAGUAUAUCAUUUAUCUUUUGUGAUUUAUUUUGUAAGAAUAAUCAUAUCUAAAAAAUGUAAAACCUUUUUCGAAUAUUUACAAAUCA